AUGUAUAAUGAAUCCUACAUUCAGUAUGGAUUCACUGCUAUUAACAAGAAUGGGCAUGAUUUUCCACAGUGUGUCAUAUGCUGCAAGGUUUUAUCCGCGGAGUGCAUGAAGCCUAAAUUUCUCAAACGCCACCGAGACAGUUGUCACCCAAAUCUUAAAAGUAAGAGCACUGCUUUCUUCAAGCAGAGAGAAGUUGGAUUGAAACUAUCUCGCCUUGACCAUUCGGGUUUUUUCAAUCAACAAAAUGAAGCCGGGCUUUGUGCAUCCUACAUAGUAACGCUGAGAAUUGCAAAAAAAAAAAAAACUCACAAUAUUGCAGAGAAAUUGAUUGUCCCUUGCUGUAAAGAUAUAAUUCGCUGUGUUGUUGGUUGUGAUGCUGAGAAGAAGGUUGCAUCAAUACCCUUCUCAAACGAUACAGCUCGUCGACGAAUAUUAGAUAUGUCCGAUGAUGUCAAACAACAAAUGAUUGCUGAAUUAAUCAAGGCACCGUCUGGAAAAUUUGCAAUCCAACUAGAUGAGUCAACUGACGUGGCUGCUUGUGCCUAA